AUGCGAAUCUUUGCGAUCUUCUGGUUUUUCAUCAUAUUUCUGUGCAUCAGGUUAGUUUUAAAAGUGUUUUAGAAUUAGACAUUAGUAAAUACCUAUGUUAUGUUAAUCAAAAGGGAAAUUAAGAAGAACUAGAAAAAAUAUUUCAAUUAUGCAAAUUUAGAACUUUUUUUUUUUUCACGAAUAUUUGAUAAUCUGAAAAUUGACCUAGUCUGAAAACUGUGAAAAUUCUGCCAAAGUAGCAAAUGAGCUCUUCCGAAAUUGUUCGCAAUAGGGCGUAUUUGUUGAUUUCGCAAAGGGUUUUUCGAAUAUUGAUUUUUUUUUUUUGAAUCUUGAAAUCAACCAUAAUUCAGAAAGUUUAGAACCAAUUAUCCAGUUAAAUUAUUUCCAGAAAUGCAAACUGUGAAACAGACACUGGAGUUAUGGCAGACACUGAAGCCGUGGAAGAAGGAAAAAUGUGCCCUCGUUGCAUGGACUUCAAAUAUGUGAGUUUAUCUGAACAUCUAUUCUAGUAAUUCUAAAUUAAAAACAAUAUACAUACAUAAUUCAGAAACAAUUCGGCUUCUACAAUCCACAAUUUGUCAAUGGUCAACAUCGGCAAUAUUUGAUUCAUCCUGUUGCUGCUGAAUAUCCCUGUUGGCAAUUCAAUCACACAAUGGUAGGUUUUUGGGUUCUAUGGGAUCAUCUCUUUUCAAAAAAAAAAAAACAAAAAAUGUUUCAGGUCAAAUGUGAACACGCUUGCCUUCGCAUGAGAUUGGAAUCCAGAGAAAAUGGAGUGUACGAAGAUAUUGGUAAGCUAGCAAACAUUCUAAAAUUUACAGAACAUCAAGAAUUUUCAGGCUUUGCAUAUGAUUGCAGUACUGAUGUUAUUCAUAAAACACCAACAUAUCCCUGGGAUAUUACCAAAUUGGAUGAUGACCUCAGACUUAUCGAUAUUUUGAGUAAGUUUUUUUAUUCUGAAUUUCAAUGUGUACAGUAAAAUGCUUUUCAGAUUAUUCCGGAGAUAUUCGAGUUUUGUUCGAGAUCACUUUCUACAAAUACGCGUCGCAAGUUGAAACAUUCAAAAUGUACACUGAACGAGUUUAUCAAGAAAAUAAGUUGAGAUUGGAUCGAGAAUACUGCAGAGAGCAUCCAACAAAAUGCGAAAUCAAAAAGUUAUUGGCACAUCCUGUCGCCAUGUUUUUCUUGAUCUUCACAUUCACUCUUCUGUUCACGGUUGGAGUUGUGAGUUUUCUUCUAUGUUAACCAGAAUUACUUAAGAUCGUGUAGAUUGUUUUUUCAAAAUCCAGACCCAUUGCUGCUGCGUCCCAAAAACUGUGGAAGGUGCACGUUUCAGUUUUGCUCGAUACGGAGGAAGAGGACAAUUUCACACCAGCAGUACCCAAACCGAAGAAACCAUUCCAACUUUAUCGAAUCAUCUAGUAACUGUUUGA